UCUGCCAUAUUGUCGAGUUGUCUCCCCUGUUUCACAAUACCGAAAGUAGGAUUUCAUGAUCGGUUGUUCACAAGACGAGGAGAGGAAUUAAUCACAACAGACUUCGUUUUACAGAGCCAAUGAUGCUGGGGUACAUCCUGCUUGUCACAAUAUUUGCAGUCGAGGUAAAGAGUGAGGAAUGUCCCUUGGGUACAUAUCGUGAAACCUGUGACAAAAACUGUAGCACUAACUGUGCCCCUUCUGCUUCUGACAAGAAAGUCCACUGUCACAAACUGACUGGAAAGUGUUCAGAAGGAUGCAACGCAGGUUGGCAUGGGGACCAGUGUAAUCUGGGGUGUAGCAGGAACUGCCGCAACUAUGUCUGUAACGUACAAACUGGAACUUGCAUACAAUGUAAAGCGAACUAUUCAGGGGAUUAUUGUGAGACAUACGAAGCGGACACUGACCUCCAUGACGCCUGCAAGGACGGGAACCUACAGCGAGUCAGAUACAUCCUGGACCAGAGUCUGGAGGACAUCAACAAGCAGGGGAAAGGAGGCAUGACACCAGUGAUGUGGGCAGCAAGAAGGGGACACAGAGAACUGGUUGACUUACUUGUGAAGAAAGGUGCUAACCUGGCACUCGUGGACGAUGUCGGUAACAACAUCCUUCACUGGGCAUGUUAUGGAGGACAUAUAGCAAUGGUGAAACAUGUCGUCUCAAAGAACAUGGUGGACACUGACAGUAAAGGGAGGGAUGGGAGAACCCCAUUGAUGUGUGCAGCUCGACAUGGGAAUAAAGACAUGUUUCUGUUACUUGUAAGUAAAGGGGGUCUUCCUUCACAUGUAGACAGAGAUGGAAACAACGUCCUUCAUCUCGCUUGUUGGGGUGGGAAUAAGAAGAUCGUGGACUACAUCCUCUCACAUGACGACGAGGACAUCAAUGGUAGAGGACAGUGCGGGAGGACUCCAUUGAUGGCGGCAGCAUACAAAGGACAUGGGAAGAUCUUCGACCUACUUGUGACUAAAGGGGCUGAUCCGACACAAUUUGAUGAUGCAGGUGAAAGUGUCCUCAAUGUAGCCUGUGUGGGGACACAUGUGGAUAUUGUGAGCCGUGUCCUCAAGCUGGACAAGGUGGACACAAAAACAGUCGCGGUCAGUGCAGUAGGACACCACUGAUGAUGGCAGCAAGGAAUGGGGAUAAAACAUAUUUGACUUACUUGUUAAUACAGGAGCUGAUGCAACACCAAUGGACAACGACAGUAACACCGUCCUUCAUCAUGCUUCUGAGGGAGGGAAUGUUGAUAUAGUGAAGUAUGUCCUCGAGGUGGAGAAUGUGGACAUCAACGCCAGGAACAAGUAUAAAGAAACACCGACCAUGCUGGCGACAGUUGGAAGUGACGUGUGCAACCUCCUGGUACAACGUGGUGGACUCAUACAGUAACUGAAAG